AUGUCUUUUCUUGGUACCAUUCUUGGAUUCCUUGGCACGGUGGCCUUCCCCUUCCAGGAUCCACUUCAGAAGCAGUCGCCACUAUCUACUUUGCAACAGCCAUUCCUAGAAAAUUAUACUUUUGAGCCAUUCCCACUAGAUACAAAUAUCACAUGGAUGCGACGAGAUUUUUCAGAGUUGCACACUGCAGCCCUGGAGGGAAAUAAACAACGGGUUGAAGAACUUAUUAAAGCCGGCGCCGAUGUGUCCGCGUCAUCUCACACAAAUAUCAUUGACGGUGGAGGUCCACUGCACUUCGCUGCAUAUGGAGGUUAUGUUGAUGUUGUACAGCUACUACUGCAGGCUGGGGCGGGUCUUUCCUCGGCGUCGAAAUCAGGAGCUAGUGCAUUAGAGGUUGCUGCAUUUAACGGCCAAGUGGAGACCGUGAAGUUUCUUCUAACUGCCGGCGCAGAUCCCACAGGCGGUACUGCUUUGCAUGCGGCGGUUGCAUCGGGCAGUGAAGAGAUAUUCUACAUGUUCCUGGAGGCUGGUGCUGAUAUCUCGGCUGAGGGCCAUUUUGGACGGACACCACUCCAUUAUGCUUGUCAUGCGGGCAGGGAGAAAAUUGUGCAUUUUCUGCUACGUCACAGUAUGACGCCGUGGGUGGAUACUGAUCCGGAAAUACCGUUCUUCUCAGACAACGAAGAUAGAGAGAUCGACACGUUUUCCGUUAUUGGUAGGGUCAAUGUUUCUGCCGUGGACAUUGACGGAACGACUGCCUUACAUGAUGCCGUGGACUCGGCUUCUAAAACAAUUGUCCAACGACUUUUGGCAGCAGGGUCAGAUGUAAGUAAAGCUGAUGCUUAUGGAAAGACAGCACUGCACCGUGCAGUUAUGUAUGGUUAUAAGGAUAUUGUAGAAUGUCUUAUACACGCAGGGUCGGAUGUCCAGGCAGCUGAUUCCAGCGGGGAAACUCUUCUAGACAUUGCUGUCAUGGAAGGAAACUUGGAACUUGUUCGUAUCCUCCUCAGUGCCGGGGCUUAUAUCUCCUCCGUAUCGGAGAAUGGAAUGACACCACUGCAUAGGGCACCAUAUAGCCCUGCCGGGCGGGAUGUGGCACGAUUGCUUCUUGAGCAUGGAGCUCAAGUCAACAAACAGGAUAGUGGAGGAUCAACACCUUUACAUGAGGCUUCUAGUUGGGCCCACUCCGAGGUUGUGCAGGCCCUCCUCUCAUCAGGAGCUGAUGUGUCUCUAUCCGACUACGCGGGAGACACAGCACUGCAUAGAGCCGUCACCCACGGUGACGAAACGAUAGCCCGGCUAUUACUAGAUGCAGGGGCAGAUAUAACCCAAAUCAACCAUGAUCAUGCAACCGUACUGCACCUGGCCGCUAGCCACUGUAAUGAGCAAGUGGUAUCACCACUACUUGAUGCUGGGGCCGACUUUUUGGCCACAGAUGGCAAUGGAGCAACUCCUCUGCAUUUGGCAGCUACGCAUGAUUGUGAGGGAGUGGCUCUACUGCUUCUGGAUGCUGGCGCUGAUAUAUUUGCCCUGGAUAACUCUUGCCAGACCGCCGAAUACAGGGCAGCGCAAGGAGGACAUCUAGAAUUGGCAUUGCGACUCAUCUACCGAUCUCCUAUGCACUCGUGGAAGGAUAAAGCUAGAGUCUAUUUCUACUCUGCAGUUGCCAGGAUAUCCAACCUACUUCUGGGAUCUGACCUACCUACCUUGAAUUCUUGA